CUGUGCCGGGGCCGGGGACUCCGGGCCGCGGGCUCCCCUCGCCGUGCGGAAGGGUUCCUUCUCCGGGGUCCCGUUUCGGGAUCGGCAGAGCGGCGAUCUCUUCAGGAAGGUGCCGGGACCGGGCGCUCUCGAGGAGGGCCGGCAGAACUGAGCGCUCGACGAGCGCCGAACCGAGGGACGGGACGCGCCCCGCUGGAGAACGGGCGCGGAAAGGGCUGCUUCCAAACGCCUGAUGCAGCGUGGCCGGGACUGCAUUUCUCCCCCAGACCUCAGAGAUUAAAUGACCUCGCUCCUUAGCUCUGCAUGUACGGACCUCCGUGCAGGCUCCAGCUACUCUUCCGCCUUUCACCUGUGAUGGACGCAGCCUGCAGGAGAGCAGGAGAUGGCCUCAUCUCAGGAGCCCGUGAGCUUUGCGGAGGUGGCCGUGUAUUUCAGCAGGGAGGAGUGGGCGCUGCUGGACCCUGCGCAGCGAGCGCUGUACCGGGACGUGAUGCUGGAGACGUACCAGUGCGUGGCCUCGAUGGCCCCCAAGCCCAUUGUCAUCUCCCUGCUGGAAGGAGGGGAAGACCUCUGGAUCCCAGAUAUGCAGUCCCCAGAGGACGUGGCAGGAGACCUCAGACCAGCAGAAGAGAUCUCAGAUAUAAAGGAGGAUCUGCAGAACGGUGGUGUGGCCAAAAGGCAUAGUGGCAGUGUCUCUGUGGGAGAAAUCAGCGCUGAUGUCCAAAGGAGCCUGGAGCAGGGAGAAUACGUCAGGAAGCCACUGGGAAACCAUCCAGGAAAGAGAGUGAGGAACCCCCCGGGCUGCAGCUCAGGUGAAGAGCGGCCUGAAGGCCUAAGAAGGAAGGAAGAAUGCCAGGAGAAAAUGCGGAAUCCAUCUGAUGUGUCUGAGAAAAGCUUUAGGAGGUAUUCCUGCCACGUUAACCAUCAUCAUAUACAUCCUGGGAUGAGACCAUACAAGUGCUCUGACUGUGAAAAAAGCUUCAUAUUUAGUUCUGACCUCACUGUCCAUCAGCGCAUCCACACAAGAGAGAACUGCUUUAAGUGCCUUGAGUGUGGGAAGGGCUUCAGAAGCAGUCCUGAUCUCAUCUGCCACCAGCGCAUCCACAUAGGGGAGAGACCCUACAAGUGCCCUGAGUGUGGGAAGGGCUUCAGAAUGAAUUCCCACCUCACCUGCCACCGGCGCUUCCACACAAGAGAGAGAAUUUACAAGUGCUCUCACUGUGGGAAGAGCUUCAAGUGCUGUGCCAACCUCAGCCGGCACCAGCGCAUCCACACGGGAGAGAGACCCUACAAGUGCUCUCACUAUGGGAGGAGCUUCAAAUGCAGUUCCAACCUCAUUCGCCACCAGCGCAUCCACACAGGAGAGAGACCCUACAAGUGCCAUGAGUGUGGGAAGGGCUUCAGAAGCGGUUUCAACCUCUUCCGCCACCAGCACAUCCACAAAGGAGAGAGCCUCUAUGAGUGCCCUGAGUUUGGGAAGAGCUUCAGAACCACAUCUAGCGCCAGCGCAUCCACACAGGAUAGAGGCCCUUCAAGCGUCCCGAGUGUUGGCAGAGCUACAAAAGCAUUUCUGACCUCAGGUACCACAAACGCACCCACGCAGGACGCAGCCCUUAUAAGUACCCUGAGUCUGAUAAGAGCUCCAAAAUCCAUUCUGACCUCAACAGCCACCAGCGCAUCCACACAGGACAGAGACCACACAAGUGCCCUGAGUGUGGGAAGGCCUUUAGAAACAGUUCUUCUCUCUGUUCCCAUAAGUAUAUCAACACAGCAGACCGACCGUAGCUGUGCCCUGAGUUUAUGAGAAGUUUCAGAAGCACUUCCAGUCUCAUUAUCUGCCUGCACAUCCACACAGGAGACAGCCUGCACGUGCCCUGAAUAGCGCACACCUUUCCCUGACAGGUGAAUGCAUGGUUUAAUCUAGUAGUGCCAUGGUGUAGAGAGCGGGCAGCACUCGGUGUAAUCAGUGUGUGAGCCCAGCAGGGAAUGGUGCAUGUGAGUGAGAGCAGAGAAAUAGCAACUCUGUCCAUGUUUGGGUACCUGACAUUGCCUGUAGGUCAGAUCCAGUCCCUCCAAUUCCCUUGCUUCUGGAUCUGUCUGAUGAAAUUCUACUUCCUGUGUCCUGAAAUUUCCUGUUCACAUCUCCACUACAAGUAGGAGAAAUGAUCUUUUAGGUCUUUUCCAACCUUGAUGAUUCUAUGAUUCUAUGAUUCUAAAUGCUGCUUGGUGGCAUUUUACUGCUAUUACCAAGUCAAGUCACAAAAACUGUGACACAGAGAUCUGAGGUUUCCUCAGUGAAGUACAGUUUCAACACCCCCUGAAUCAGCCCUUUCCCCUUCAGUCUCGACCCCGGUAGGGUAGAAGAGAGCCCUCAGUGGAGAGAGGCUGUGUCCCAGCUGGAGUUACCAGGGAAGUACACUGUGUGCCCAGCAGGGAAUAGUGAGUUCGUCAUGCUUGAGGGUCGUGAUUCCCUGUCUGGCACUCAGAGGAAAUGCUCACAUUUUCACUUGUGCUGAUUGAUGAGCCCACCCUGUUUUGUCUCCUGACCAGCGUAUCUGUGGGUUUUCCCAUGAUUUUGUUGAACUGUGGGAUCCGGGAGAGGACAGAACCAGGUGAAAUGCUGAGGCCUGACAGUAGGUCCUGGAUGAAAGGUGACCUACAGAUCAACCUGACAACAUCAUAGCAUAUCUAAUAGCUACAGCAUUAAUUGCACAUGUAAGAUGCCGUUUAUCAAUAUUUUGCUAUGUCAGUGUGAGUAGCUGUAUUCUGGUGUUUAUCUACAGAAGCUCUGUUAUAAUGCCUAAUAUGUAGUAAUAGUGGUCAAAUGAUAUCUGUUAAUCACAAGGGACUUUGCUGCAAUGUCUGUUACCCAGUGAAGCAUGUUGCAGGGGGCCUGGACAGUCUUGCAAAGAGCCUGUGGUGCACCACAAUAGAGAGCGCAACUCCCUUGGUUUCUGCUUGACCCCUGGCCAGCUUCUGGGGGGAAAACCAGUGUCAGAAAACCAGGUGUUUCACCUGACUGUUACGUAGAUUUGUUUAUUCAAUGGUAUAAAGGUGUGAGAAGCUGGAACAAAUUUUUUGGCUCAAAGCUUGUUCAGCGGCAUCCAUCCCAGCCAUAACCAGCUCGACAAGAUUUUGGAGUCAAAGAGUUCCAAGGAAGAAUGGGUAUCCCCUCCGAUCAAACUCCAUUACCACAAAGUAGCUAUAAAGCAGGUCAGUUUAUCAGCACUGCACACACAGUGGGUGCAAAUGGGGUGACCCCUCCUCGUUUGCACCCCAUGAGGUAGAGGUUAAGAAUAUUUAUAGGUACAAGUCAUACCUAUGCCACAAAUAGGGGGGAUGUUACAUUUAUUUUUGAGAGAUUAUUAUCAUAUUCUCCACCCCCAGCCCAGCCCCUUUUAGAAUGUAUGCUGGUGGUAUUCAGGGUUGUGGGAUGAAGGCUCGGAGUCUUUCUCCUGUUGUUCUUUUUCACCUUUGGUCUGAGUUCUACCUAAUUGCUGACUGUCUUUGUGGUUUAUCUGUUACAUUCUGUUGAAUAAUAACGUAUCCUGGCCGGAUGCAAUCAUCCCAGCCUUGUCAUCCCUAGCUUUUACAACCCUGUUUUACAAAUCUUGCCUCCCUUUAUCUUCCUUAAGCAGUUCUGCAGGAUUUGAGCAACUGCUUCCCAUUUUUAAACAGUUUUAAAGAAAUACAUUCCACAUCUUUUAUAUCAAUUCCCCCCUUUUUCUAUAACCUAGUGAUCUUCUUUUUGGUAGAUGAUACCAUUCUCUCCUAAGGAUUUACGAAAAUAAGCCCAGCUUUCCAUCUUUUGGUGUAUCUUAUGCUGUUUCCACAAGUCAUAACUUCCAUCUGAUUGUUUAAACAUGCACAAGAAGCAACAUAACAUCCAAAUAUUUCAAGAAAGAGUAGGACUACACAAGCCAUAAAGAAUUGCUUUAGCCAGGCAAAAUUUGGUAACCAACUUGUUAAUCUGUUGCACAGUUCUUAACUCCAACUGCAGUAUCAUCCAAAUAACUUGAUGAAUCACCUUAAUUUGUUCCUAUAGUUUAUGCACAGCUGUUUUCAUUCUGCUUCCCCUUUUUAAACAAUUCUAAGACAUUUGUUCCACAUCAAUUACGUCAGAACUGUGGCCAUGCAAUUCAGUGAGACGUCACGGGAUCCCUGGUGGUGACAAUCCCCACUCUGCAAAAAUGUUUGCUAGAAUUUCUCUCUUUACUAUCACCAACUUCCCCAUCUUCCCAGCAUCCCUUAGUUGCACAGAACUUGUAAUAAAUCACAGAAUCGUAGAAUGGCCCAGGUUGGAAGGGACCUCAAGGAUCAUGAAUCUCCAACC